CCAAAAAGAGGGGGUUGCCUCUCACCUCCAUCAUUCAUUCGACCCAAGGCAUCCAAGAGGAGUAAAAGAGCUCUGCAACUCCAUACUUUCACAGCUAAUUUCGAGCUCAAGUCCAAGGCAUCCAAAGAGGGAGUUUAAAGAAGGGAAAAAGGGAAGAAAAGGUGUGGUGAUUAAGGCACUUGUAAAGGGUGAUUUAAGAACUUUCACGAAGUUGAAAGAGUUACCGGAGUUGUCGCCGGAGUUCAUCAAAGUUUGCCGGAGUUUCACCGGAGUUCAACCGGGAAGGGUAGAACUUCAUAACGCUCAUUCGAGGUUGAAGCUAAGGCUAGCUAUCCACACUUUGCUCGUGAAGUAUUCCAAAGGAAGACGUGAAAUGGAGCGUAGACGCAUGCAGACCAGAAACAAUCCGGGAGGGCAAGCACCGAUAGCUUCUGUUGAAGCUAGCCGGGCUGCAUCUCGAAGCUCCAGAGGUGGAAGAGGAGGCCGUGGAGGCCGUGGGGGUCGUGGGGGCCACCGAGCCCAAACAGUGAGUGAUGGCCACGUGAGUUCGGUGUACGAGACUAGCACCGAGAACUACGACUCCACUUAUGUUCCCGAAACAGGGCACGAGGAGACCCCAUACGAUGGGGGUGAUUUUCAUACCGAUGAUGAGAAUGAUGAUGAGAGUGAUGCCCGGUUUGCCCAAAUGGGGGAACUUCUAGAGUGGUAUCAAAAGGAGAAACAGAGGAGAGACAUGAGACGCCAAGCGAGGCGUGCUUCUCAAGGUGUUUCGGCUCAAGGAAGCCGGGGAGCUUCAAGGGCCACACCUGUGGUGCCACAAGGUGGGCAUGAAGGAGGUUUUGUGGUGAGAAUCUCCAAAUACCUCAAGGAGGCUAGGGCCUUGGGGUGUAGGUCCUUUGACGGCACCGGCGACAUUACCGUUGCCGCCGAUUGGAUCAAGAAGGUGAAGGAUGCAUCGAGAGACAUGCAAAUUACUCCGGACGUGAAGUUAACUGUCGCUUCACGGUUGCUUGAGGGAAUGGCUUCCACAUGGUGGGAAGGUGUGGAAAGGAAAUACCGCGGGGACAUCUCAUGGGAGAAUUUUGAGCGGGAAUUUUAUGCCCAAUACUACUCCGAUUUCGAGGUUAAUGUGAAAAGGAGGGAGUAUACCAACCUCAAGCAGAAGGAGGGUUGCACCGUUAAACAACUAGAGCAAGAGUUUAGAACCUUGGCUAGGUUCUUACCGGAGUAUGCGAUUGAUGAGGACCGCAUGACUGAGCACUUCUGGGAUGCUUUACUCUUAGACAUCCGAGAUCGUGCUACGUACUCACGCCUCAUGACUUUUAGUGAGGUGGUAGAACAAGGCAUGCUGGGGGAGGCCCAGUGGAAUGAAAGGAAAGCAAGAGAUGCCGAAGAGGCAAAGAAGAGGAAGUGGAAUAGUUCGGGGCCGCCCAAUCAUUCCCGAAGGAACAACCACGGUGGUGGUGGUGGUGGCUCAUUCAAGGCACCGGCUCCACCGGCAAAGAAGAAUAGGGACGCGAGGUGGCACGGACCUAGGCCACAAAACCCGGGGGCACCUAGAUGUCCCAAUUGCUCAAAACAGCACUUUGGGAAGUGCAAUGAACCACCGAGAUGUUUUAAAUGCGGGAAUGCGGGCCAUAUGAAGGCCAACUGCCCUCAAUUAAUGCAAGAGAGUGCAUCGGGAGCCGGGGGAGGGGCCAUGACGGGAAGGAACCGUGCGGGACCGUCGCACGGUGGCACGGGAAGAGGCGGCGCAUCAACAAGCAAUGCCGCGUCCGUUAACCAAGGCGGGGCCCAAGCGAGGGUCUACGCGAUGACCGAGGCCGAUGCCCGGGCCAACCCCGACUCCGUUGCAGGUUGAAGCUAAGGCUAGCUAUCCACACUUUGCUCGUGAAGUAUUCCAAAGGAAGACGUGGCAAAUGAAGAGCCCAAUGCAAAUCAAGGUGUGAAGAGAACUGUUCUUGAGGCUUUUACCCCUGCAGUUUCAUCACCCCCACCACUAGGAAGGGACAAAUCAACAAACACUACCACCAGGCCCUCAAAACUGAAAUCAAGAAGAAUAGCUAGAAACAAAAGCCUUAACACUUUAACUGGUUUUGGCUGCUAUGUUGAUGUUAAUACUGGGGCAAAGACUUUAAAUCCUGGGAUGAGGAGUGAACAUGUUGUUUCUGAGGUGCAAGCUGGGAUGCCACAUGAUCCUGAUGUUACAGUUAGAUAUGUUAUUCCUAAUGAGAAGGAAAUAAGAGCUGCUGCCCGGAAUUAGAAAUCUGUCAAUGAGCCAAGAUACAGAGAUAUAACAUUUAAGGGUGAUGGAGCACAUGUACAACAGCCCACCAACCUACCUUUCAAAGCCCCUGGUUUGCAAUGGAAGGGUAGCCCAGCUCUCACAUCAGGCCAAUUGAGACAUAUAGAAGGUGCAAAGGAGGAGGGAACCUAGCACUGGGACCAGUGAUAGUCAACAAAGAAAUUAAUUAUCAUGUAUAAGUACUUUUGUGUAAGUGUUUAAGUAGUUUAACAAACUGGUAGCCUUUCCAACCACCUGAUUUGGAUUCAAUGUGCUAGUUUAACAAACUGGUAGCCUUUCCAACCACCUGGUAGGUGGCAACACUGGCUUUAUGGCUUUACAUUUCACUCUUAGAACAAAGGCCCUUUAUCAGUUUUACAUGUGCUAAAUCUGAGGUUGAAUAUUUAUAUGAAUGCUGUAACAACUUUUUGUUUUAUGGAUGGUUGCUUUAUAUGAAGCUUUAUAUGAAUGGUUGCUUUAUAUGAAGCUUUAUAUGAAUGGAUGGUUGUUUUAUGUGAA